GUCGGGGGACUGGCUGGCUGCGAGGUGCGGCGGCGAGACCGGCCGGGAAGAUGCCAGUGGCCGUGAUGGCGGAAAGUGCCUUCAGUUUCAAAAAGUUGCUGGAUCAGUGCGAGAACCAAGAGCUCGAGUCUCCUGGAGGAAUUGCUACGCCCCCAGUGUAUGGUCAACUUCUAGCGUUGUAUUUGCUCCAUAAUGAUAUGAAUAAUGCAAGAUAUCUUUGGAAAAGAAUACCUCCUGCUAUAAAAUCUGCAAAUUCUGAACUUGGGGGAAUUUGGUCAGUAGGACAAAGAAUCUGGCAGAGAGAUUUCCCUGGGAUUUAUACAACCAUCAAUGCUCACCAGUGGUCUGAGACGGUCCAGCCAAUCAUGGAAGCAUUGAGAGAUGCGACGAGGAGACGAGCCUUUGCCCUGGUCUCUCAAGCAUACACCUCAAUAAUCGCCGAUGACUUUGCAGCCUUUGUUGGACUUCCUGUAGAAGAGGCUGUGAAAGGUAUAUUGGAACACGGAUGGCAAGCCGACUCCACCACCAGGAUGGUUCUGCCCAGAAAGCCAGUUGCAGGGGCCCUGGAUGUUUCUUUUAACAGGUUUAUUCCCUUAUCAGAACCUGCGCCAGUUCCCCCAAUCCCCAACGAACAGCAGUUAGCCAGACUGACUGACUAUGUGGCUUUCCUUGAAAACUGAUUUCUCAUUCUGUGUUCAGGAUCCCACCAUCGGAAUCCUGUAUACUGACAAAUAUAGAUACGUAAAAUUUUUAUUUUCAAUUUAUUGGAUGGAUUAAGCACCUCAGCAUUCAUUAGUGAGUAUGUGGUAA